CAAACUUUUGUUCUAAGUGUUUUCAUUGAAAUUCRGUCAUCUUCGUCCCAAGGGAUCUCUUUAAUUCGCGUCGAUCAUGCGUCUCUCGAUUCGUAAAGCCUACAGCUACGUACUUGCGUCGUUCGGAUCGCUUCUUUUUGGUUCUUCAGCUGCUGCCUUUUACACCUUUCACAACAAAGAAUAUCAGAGUAACCAACAUGACGAUGUUAAAGUACCGUUAACAACUAUGAGUAAAAUUAGCGGUUCAAAAGAGAGCUCUUCRGCUCGUUCAAAUGUUGCUUGCUCUUUUGAAAAGUCCGUGCAAGCCGCUGACAGUACUUUGAGGCAGCUUUCGACGGCCAAAGAGACAUUUAGCGACUUUGAAGCGUUUUAUAAGAAAUUUGUGGUGGAAUUGAACAGUGUWAAAGCUGAGCAUCGUGUUGAGCUCGCAAAGUUUGAGGCCCAAAUCAAAGAUUUAAACAACAACAAAGAGAAACUGGUUUCACAGUUACAAAAAAYCAAGGAAGAGAGUAAUGAAUACAGAGAUGAACUUCUGUCUUACAAAAAGAAAUUCMCUGAGUUGGAAUGGGAAAAUGAAAAACUGAACCACGAAGUCACAAUAAACAAAUCAAACACWGAGAAARUGCGGAAAGACAAAGAAGUACUGCAACAAGAAAUCGAGUCUCUCAGAAAAAAAGUUGCGGAGAACAAUAAUGCAGCGUUGAAAUUCUCGCCAAAGGAAGGAGAAAGCGAUAAGCUUGGGAUAGUAAAACAAGAAGCAGAGGAGCUUGAAAAAAGAUAUCGACAGGCCUUGGAAGACAAGGAAGCGUUACAUGAAGAUAUAGUUUCUCUUCAAAAGCGAGUUUCUGAGCUACAAGAGGAAUACAACAAAAACCAAGAUGAGCUGCAYGCACAAGCACAGAAUGCCAACGUUAGGGCUUACAAAGCUGAAAUACAAUUACAAAACAUCUCAAGACAAAAAGAAUCUCUCAAGAAACAGCUUGAGGACUGUGAGAACGAGAUAAAGAGUCAGAAGGACAAGUGCGCAGGUCUGGAGAGAGACAUCGUGGAGUUAAAACAGACUUUAUCACUGAAUGGAGACGACGCUGCSCUAAAAACAAGACAAAUUAACACGCUGAAGGAGCUGAACAAGACACUGGAAAAUAAAUUGGAAACUAUGACCAAUGAGAUUGUAGCACAAGAGGUAUCUCCGGUGACCUUCAGUGCGCCCCUGCAAUCAUUUGACGAACAGCUAUUCAAGUCYAGAAUACAAGAAAUGGAGGCCAUGCUUCGGUCAACGAAUACAUCUAAAGAUAAACUCGAAAGAGAAGUGCUCUUCGCUGAAAACACUAUUGUAGAACUGAAAGAUUCAAAUACAAGACUCCAGGAUGACAUUCAAGACUUGCAAAACAAACUGUCUGCUUCUCGUGAAGAAGCGUCUGCGCUGCAGUCUGAGUUAUUCACAAAUCUAAACAAGUUGACUAAUUUUGAACACGAAUCKCACGAGCAUCAGCUGGAAGUACAUGAACUCUCCUCAAAACUAMACACCGAAAAACAACGAUGCGCUGAUUUAGAGACUUCAUACGAACAAGCACUUAKUGAAAAAGAUGAGUUCAAACUGAAGGCUACCUUUGCUGAACGAAAAGUUUCUGAAAUGAAAGAAAUUGUACAACAAGAUGAGGACAUCAACUGUGAGCUGGAAGAAAAAUUAGCAAAUAUGAAAAAUGAGCUGUUUAAAAUGGAAGGUCAAAGCAYAAGCAACUUAAAACAAAUUGAAACCUUGAAAGCAGAACUUGAAUCAGAGAAAACAURUAAAGAGGACACGAAACAAGGACUUAUAGCGCUGCAAAACAAGCUCAYCGAAACGGAACGAAACCACGAAAGYKUUCAAAGAGAGCUCAAYAWAUACACCACUAUGAACYARGAAUUGAAGAAAUCACUCGCUUCGAAGGACAAAAAGGUAAACAUUCUAAGUGAAGAAGUUAGCAAGCUYCAAGCAAGAAUUGAAGUUGUCGAAGAAGAAGAUAAAGAUCUCCAUGAAGAGAAUCUUGGCGCCAAGAAUAWAGUGAAAGAGCUACAYAAAGAAUGUGAUGUUCUUGUUCAAGAGAAGGCACUUUUAAACGCUGAAAUCCAAAGUGCGUACAAAAGCGUUAGUGAUCUACAAACUAAAGUUAACGUUUAUAAACAUGGAAAACAAGAGUUGGAUCAGCAAGUAUUACAGUCCCAGACAGAUUCAUCGAUGAAGGAUGUGAUAGUUUUUACUGAAGAUCUUGAAUGUGCAAAUGAAAAGAUAYCUGAUCUUACACUAAACCUUGAGAAAUCACUAGACGAGAAAAAUCAAGAAACCAUGAAAAUAUUUUUACUUGAAAGCAAAGUUAGCGAUUUGGAGAAAGAUUUAUCAAUAGCAAACAAACUAAGUGAGGAUAGAGACGGUGCUUUGAAUGAAGCGAACAUGAAAAUAAUGAAACUUGAAUCUACAUCCGAYACUUUGAACAAACAAAGAAACGAAAUCAAGAAAAAACUUGAUGCCACAAACGAAAAGAAUCUGUCUCAACAAGAGGAAAUAAUGAGGCUUCAGAGUAAAAUCAAUGAYCAAAAGAAGAGCAACGACGCACUAAACCACGUGAUUAGUAAAAACGAUCACGUGAUKAACGAACAYCGACAAAACAUACAUAGUUAUGACGCAGAGGUGAUUAAACUUCGUCAAGAACUGAYAUCACUGCAAGUAAUUUCAGAAGGAUUAAAAACAGAGAAAAUUGGCUAUGAAAAACGUUGUUCGGCUUAUCAACAAAAGAUCCAAAGCGUUGAAGCUGACUUUUUCAAAACAAGAGAAAACAAGUUACUAUUAGAACAAGAACUCAGUAUUCAAAACUUGAAGCUGAAUACUGCUGAAAACCAACUCAACAGCUUGAAGAGUGAGAGGAUUCGUUUCACAAAAGAGCUCGAAAACGCUCAAAARGCUACUCGAGAAGCAAAACAAGAGCUCUUGAAAAAUCAAAACAAGCUUCGAGAAACCCAAAGAAAUCUUGAAAAUACCUCUGAGGAAAUGAAAGAAAAGGAAAGCGUAAUUGAAAAGAUUACAGAUGACAAGAACUCAAUAGAAACUGAAAAUCUAAUACUGAAGGCCGAUAUUGAGGCUCUGAGGCGAAACAUCCAAGAAGGUGAAAGUCGAGUGGAAGACCUUGAAAGAACCAUAGAAGCAUCCAUUAUAAGCGAAACACUUGAGACAAGUUUAACCAGUGAAUUUGAACAAGACGAAAGUGGACUGGAAAUGAGAGUCWUUGAGGCCGAAAAGUUGGAAAAGCAGGCAAUUGAGAGAGAAAAAUCAACUAAACAAAAACAAAAAGAACUAAGGAAAAAGCUGUCUGCAAAGGAAUUACAACUUAGAUCCGCUCAACAGAAAAACCAUGAAAUCUCUGAAGAAACAAAGGCAAUGAAACUGAAAUCUGAGCGCAUGGAAAUUAUUCAUGAAAAGCUGGAGAGUGAAAAGAACGAACUCAAAGAAGAGCUUACGAAAGCAAAGAUAGCAAUAUCUGAUUUAGAAGUCAGGUAUGACUUUGAAAUGAAACAACGAAAUACUCUUGAGAGUCAGUUAAAAGAGUCGUUGAAGAAAKUGAAUGAAGUACGAACAGAGGUUCAUAAGUUGAAGCAGGACAACGCAGACAAACUACUGACUACUGAACUAGUAGACAAAGAAUUUAAAGACAGAGACAUUGAAUUGGAACAGAUGAAGGAGAGCAAGCGAAUUCUUGAAGACCAGAACGAGAAACUAAGCUUGCUUUUUAAAGAAAAGAGUAUUGAAGAUGAGAAAAGGAGAACAGAGCUGGCUUUGCUGCAGGAUGAAUUGUUGGCAUUGCAAUCAUAUGCAUCUGAGAAGGAAGCGCAACUUAACAGGUGUAAAUUCGAGCAAAAAAGCGCACAAGAGGAUUGCCAGUCCUAUUUAUUGAAAAUCUCCACAAUGGAGCAAAAAAUUGCUGAUCUUCAUAAUGAGAAUUGUCAUCUUAAUGUUACCAUUCAAUGUUUGAAAGACGCUUCCGGGAACUGCGAUAUCGUCAAUACUUACAGUGAGGACAGAGCUGUUGAGAUACAGCAAAAAGCUGAACAACUUGCUCUUGAAGUUUCAAGAAAAAAGCAGACCACGCAAGAUCUAAAACAUCGCAUCAUGUUGUUGGAAAACGAGUUGGAGAUUUCAAAACAAACCACAAAGAAACUCGAGGAUAAAUGUGCAUUGUUGUUAAAGCAGAAAAAUGACAUAGGACAAGAGAUAAAGACUUUAAAAGACAAGGAAAGGAUUGCAAUGUCUAAAAGUACUCCAAUUGAGAAGGCUUUGAUCGAGAAAGAUGUAGCGUCCAAGAGUAAGAUACUUGAAUUAGAGCAAGACUAUGAAAACUUGCAAGAAAAGCAAAAUGAAUUAAUGGAUGAGCUUGCUGCUUCAAACGCCGAGUUGUCUAAGUGGCAGAACCUUUAUAACACAACUAGCUCUGUGAAAAAUGAAUUAGAAGGAAAAAUAUCAUCUUUCCAGGAAGAACACAAAGCAYCUUCAACCAAAUUGGAGGAAUUUGACGUGGAGAUGCAGAAAAUGAUAAGUAAGAYCCGUUUUCUUGAGGAGGAGCUUGUAACAGCGAGACAGAGCAAAAUACAAUUGGAAACRCAGCUUAAUGUAAAGGAGCACGAACUCUAUAUAUUGACAAACCAGCUACAAAUACCAACACCAAACGAGUCUCUAACUCAUAAGACUGAACGGCUCGAUCCGUGGCCAGAGAAAGCGAAAAUGGAAGAAGAUGCUCAAAGACUAAGACAAGAGGUCAAAGACUUACAAGUAAGUCUGCAUGUAACAUCUAAAGAAAGAGACGAAGCAGAGAGGCAGAUGUUCAUUGUGAAGUCAAGAGAAAACGACGCAAGCUUAAAACUAAAGCACAGCGAGGAACAUAUAGACCAACUAACACACGAGUUAAAAAGCCAUCGUCAAAAGCUAUUGUCUACRGAGAUGGAGUUACAGAAAGCCARCUGCGAGCAAAGCAAGACAAGAGGUGAUAAGCAAGCAACAGAUAGUCAGUUAAUCCUAYCAUUUGAAGAUAAUACGACUCUCAAAAAGGAACUUUCCUCUCUAAAGACUUUGUGUAAUUCCUAUAAAAAGGAGUUGGCUAACAAAAGUAAUGAGUUAGACAUGUGUACCAAGAAGAUGGAGUCUUAUGCCAAAGACGUUGCCACCUUGAAAUCACAACUGAAAAGCAUCAAAGAAGAGUACGAGAAGCUACAAAAUGAAGUAAAUACGAUGCAGSGAAAAGUUAACGAGAAGAAUGAGAGAAUAGKGUUCUUGGAAAUCGCUUUGAAAAAUACUCAAGACUCAGUCAAUUUACCAAUUGAAGAGAUAAGAAGAAAAGCUAUGAACUUCUUGCAACAUGAUACAGGUAGUACAGACGUUGCAUCGCUUMUAUCAAAAGUUUCCAUUUUGAAUGCACAGAAGGAAAUUCUUGAACAAACGCAAGGAGAAAGGGAUAGCAAAAUUCGUAAUUUACAGAAAGAAAUUUAUGAUUUACGCUUGAAAYUMGACCAGUUACAGCAGGAAAAGUCUAKAUUUSAGAGGAUUUGUUCAGAWAAGAYWACUAUCGUACCAGGAUGGAAUGGCGACAAUGAAAUUGCAUUUGCUAAUGAUCCUGAAAGACRKCAAAAUGAGAUAAACAAUCUAAAAAGAGAAAAUAAUGAAUUGAAAGUUGAACUUUCCCGACUAGAGGCACAGAAGGCGCUCAUGGAAAUCCAGGACUCAGCAUACAAAAAUUUGGAAGCAAGCGAAACGUGCGCUCUUAGGUCGAAGAAAGGRCAAAGUACUCGAGCAAUAAGACAAGAUGAAGAAGAUCAGGCAGACUUUGGCAUAGAGCGRCUAGGAAAACAGUACAAUGUAGUGAUAGGCGAAAUAAUGGAGCUCAGUCGACAGUUACAGAAUUAUAAACUAGACAUUUUUGAAUGGAAUGCCCAUUARAAUCAAAUCAUUGUCUCCAGCGAACGACUUCAAAGUACCUAUCAUGCAUUGCAGGCUUUGUUAGAUGAUCUKAAUGCAAGUUACGAAGAACACAYGGAAGACACAGAGACAUCAGAKACAGCCGUAUCCAUUGAUCAUGUUGAUGGGAAGAAUCACUGCACUGACGAAGCGAACCAUAGUACUUCAGAAACCAAUGUACUAGGCAAUAAAAAGAACAAAYUCAGUCACYCUUCUCRACAAGAUAAUGAAAACGAUCCAAACCUCAAAGAAAAUGGCAGCAGUGCAURAGAAUACUCGUUGAGAAAGAAAAUUGCGGAGUUAGAGUCGAAAUUAGAGACAYCAUCAAGAGAAAGAGACAAUUUGAUGAGACAGGCAGGUCUUAAAAACGAUGUUAUCUAUAUCGUUUCGCAAAARGUUUCUGAGACUUCACCAGAAUGUAACGAAUAUGAAAYAGGUACACCCACUACCAAUAAUGGAAGAAUCUAUGACGACAAUGAAUUCACAGAAGCAAAGAAAAAGYUGGCUGAAAGUCGCGAACAGCAUCAAGGAGAGCUCCAUAACUCAAAGUUUGAAAGAAUAUCAACUCACAAAGACAACGAUCAACUAAGUAUGCUGACCGAAAACACAAUAAAAGAUUUACAGCAUGAAAAUCAUGAACUCAAAUUACAAGUGGAUAUUUUGAGUAAAACGGACGGAAAUUCAAGCGCGUUGAUAGCACACUUACGAGUGAUGGUUGCMCGGUUGCACAAAGAAUUAGAAGCGAGUAAAAUGGACAAUCCGCCUGGACUGAAAAAUCGUUACAGCUUUGAGCAACCAGAUCGAUUUAGAGAUACAAACAACAACUACAAGCUAACWACAGCAUCUUUAAGAAGAAAUAGAAACAAGCCAAUGUUUGACAACGCUWCAUCAUUAGUAGAUCAGGAGCUAAACCAAUCUGAGGUUGACUCAUCCAUUGUCACUAGAGAAAAAGCUUCGCCUGCAAAGAACGAGAGUGAAAAAACGGAAAAUGAGGCAACCACUCUAAAAGAAGGAGAAUUAUCAAAAGAAGAUCCUCUUCAGUCAUCUCAUUGUGUGCAAACACUUGAYAACAAAGAAAAUCACGCAACGUCACAGGAAUCAUUCACUCAUAGCAGUCCCACAAGGGAAAAUGAAUCUCGGAACGAUGAAAAAGAAGAGUCUUUCACUCCACAAGAAACGAGUUCUCCGACUUCUUUACAGGAAAAUAGUCCUUUUUCGAAUAAGAACCAGAGCUAUGAGAGUACAGAUUCAAGCGCUGAGCUUGUGGGUCUGUCCAGUCCUGAAAAAUCGUCGUCAUUCAACAGCGAGCGCCCAUAUUCUGCCGGCGGAAGAGCGAGCACUUCGUCUACAAGCCCGUCUGGACGAUCAAGUUGGCCUUAUACAUCUGCUUACAACUCUUAUCGAUCGWCCACAGGAUACCCAUCGUAUUCUAAAAAGACCUGUUUACUGACACGUAGAAAUUCGUUUACAAAGAAGUAUUGUUAGGAUUGAUUAAGAACAUAUCAACUCUACGUACCUCAAUCUUCAUUAGUUAUUAUUAUAUUGCUUUUAAUAAUACUUUUUAUUAGGUAAUUUGUAGCAAGUUUUACAAUAAGUUAUUUUAUGAAUAAAAAUAUAUAUCCAAAGCUUUUUAAUCACAUUAUCAUGACCAGAUUCAAAAUGAUGUCUUCACUAUUAUCAUCAAUCAUAAUGCUUAUAUUUAUAAUAUUAUUUUCAUAACUUUUAACCACCGACGUCCUCUUAUAUAAUUAUGUUGUUAUAGUUUUUAAUGUCAUCCGAAAACUAUCAAAAUUUAUGGAACUGCAUCAUAUUUCGUGUGCUUAUCACUUUAUCAACUUUAUCUUCCAUGAUASCUUUUCACAAGUACAAUCUUUUUGCAUUAGCUUUUCUUACAAUAGUAAUUAGUAUUUUCAAUGACGUUUUUAAUACACCACAGACUGUUAGCUAUAUUUUAAAUAUGGCAYGGAUUUAGCUGUCUUACCCUUUUUAAAACACAAUAAAAACAUCAAACUGCA